ACACCGUUAUCACAGAAUCAAUUGACUUACAAAGUUACAAAAUACAAAUAUUAAUAACUACAUUAUUAUUUAUUAACUUAUGUAAUAAUAUAUAUUUAUGUAUUUUAAUUUUAGCUAAUCGCUUUGUAAAUUUGUCAUUGGAAUAUAUAUGUUUAAGAGUGAAGUACUUAAAUAAUGAUAACAAUUGAAAGUACCUAAGUGCUCUCUAAUAAGUUAUGGUUGAAAUAAAGCCCAAAGAAUAUUGGCCGAUCGUAUAUAGAAAAGAGUACAAUGUUACAUUUUUUGGUCUUGAAAAUUUACAUCCUUUUGAUUCAAAAAAAUGGGCACACAUUUACAAAAUACUAAAAAAUACUUUGGGUUUGAAUCAAAGUAACAUCCAUAUUCCUGAUGAAAUUUCUAAUGAUGCACUGCUUACGAUUCAUGGUGGAAAAUAUCUGAAAAGUUUGAAAUGGAGUUGUGUUGCUGCACGUAUAUCAGAAAUUCCUGUGGUUGCCAUAUUUCCUAAUUUUUUGGUUCAAAGACAAUAUUUAAGGCCCAUUAGAUUUUUUAGAUUUCAGGUUGGAGGUUCAAGGUUAGCUGGAAAAAUAGCUCGAAAGGAUGGAGUUGGGAUUAAUUUAGGAGGAGGUUUUCAUCACUGUAGUAAAAAUCGUGGUGGAGGAUUUUGUCCAUAUGCUGAUAUAUCAUUGGUUGUGAACGAUGCAUUACAAGAAAAUGACUGUAAUCUGGUGAUGAUAAUUGAUUUAGAUGCUCACCAGGGUAAUGGAUACGAGAGAGAUUUUAUUGGCAACUCAAAAGUAUUUAUUAUUGAUGUAUUUAAUAAAAAUAUAUACCCAAAAGAUACAUAUGCAGAAACUGCCAUUUCAAAGGCUGUGAAACUAGAUUACUUUAUACAAGAUUAUGAAUAUUUAACCACCGUUGAAAGUGCUUUGAAUGAAUCAUUCCUGAAGGUUAAACCAGACUUCAUAAUUUAUAAUGCUGGUACAGACAUUUUAAAAGGAGAUAAGUUGGGGUUGCUCUCUAUUACUCCAGAGGGAAUAAUACAAAGAGAUGAAAUGGUGUUCAAAUUAGCUCAACAAAAUAAUAUUCCUUUAGUUAUGUUGACGUCCGGCGGCUAUCUUAAGUCAACUGCCAACGUCAUAGCAGCUUCAUUGCAGAAUCUUGUACAACAAGGGCUAGUUAAACCAUCUCAAGUGGAAUAAUACGAAUUUACAAGCGUACAAUAUAAGUUCUAUCUACCUACUGCAGUUAUUAUUCUAGUAAAUAAUAAAAAGCGUUCUGAAAAUGUGUAGCACAAUAAGAAGAAUGCUGCUCACUGCUCAGUGUCUGUCAUAGAAAAAUACAAAGGAAUAUACCUAUAUAGGCACUUACAAUGUAAUAAAUUAAUUACAAAUGAGAAGUAAUAAUAAUAUAAGCACAUUGCACAUUAAAUUUAACGGACUUUGUUGCUCCAAUAUCCAAUUCCAAUAGUUAAUUAAUAGCAAAUUAUUUUUUUAAACAUUACAAAUAGGUGGUAAUCAAUCAUUUUAAUUUAAAUAAGUAAGAUACCUUAAGAUAUUAUCUAUCGUAACUAUUUUUAACAAUUUGGAUAUUUUUAUUUUCGUAUCAAAGAAAACUUUAGUUUAAGAUUCUGAGCGGAUAAUUAAUGUAUUGGUUUUGCAAUGUGUGUGUUUUUGUUGUUGUUGUUGUUGUUGUUGUUGUUGUUGUUGUUUGAGCUCAAAUUUAAGAGC